GAACUCCCCGCCCGUUGCGUGCGGCGUUGGCUGAGGAGCCAUGGCGGCUGCGCUGGGACACGGGCAGGGGGAGAGCGGCGGGGGACGCGGCGGAGGCGGCUUCCUGGGGCCCCGGGUACCGGCUGAGGUGGAAGCCAUGGCCCGGGUUGUGCAGGAUGUGGGCAAGGAGACCUUCCGGCGGCUCCUCAAAGUCACUGUUAAUGCACUGGAAGGAAAGGACUGCAGGGAAUCUGUCCAGCUGAUUGCAGAAAGCACUAACCUCUCAGGAGAGCAGCUUGCUUUCCUCAUUUCUGGCAUGUAUACCCUUCUCCGAGAAGCACUGAGGCUCCCCUUAUCAACUUUCAAACAAGAAGUUUUUAAGGAAGACCUAAGAGAGCUCAGGAUACCAGAAGAUUUCAUCCUGGACUUUUCCAGUAUAGUCUUUGGUAACAGGCGCCCUGCUCCUGAAGGCACAGCUCUGAUACAAGGAUGUAGACUGCCAGGUGUCCAGGACUUCAGGUGGAGAGUGGAUGUAGCUAUAUCCACAAGCUCACUGGCCCGUGCACUUCAGCCAUCCAUUUUAAUGAUGAUGAAGCUUUCAGAUGGGACAGCUCAUCGCUUUGAAGUGCCCCUUGCGAAGUUUCAAGAACUGAGAUACAAUAUUGCCCUUAUACUGAAGGAAAUGAAUGAUUUGGAGAAAAGGAGCAUACUGAAGAUCCAAGACUGAACACUUUUUAAGAUGGGAGUUUAUAGAACAGAUCUGAAACCCCCAGCAUGUUUCAUAAAUGGCAAAGCAGGGGACCAUCACCAAUUUGCCUGUCUUACUUGCAGUGUAGCAUUUAUGACGUCUGCUGUAAAUACUUUUUUUAUUCGAGUGUUAAAAGCACAAGCUCAUUUCAUAAGAGAAGGAAAAACAACAAAUGUAUCUAUGAAAAAGUGUAAUGCUUUUUGCAAGCAUUUUUGUGUGAUUCAUCAAAACAUUUUUAAAUAACUGUCUUAAUAAGUGUAAGACUCAUUUAUUUCUGAUUAUGAUUCAUCGCUCUAAUUAGUUUUGAAAGCCUGUUACUGGAAGCCCCAUGAAUGUGUAUCAUAAGAAAGCUCUGCAGUAUCUCAAAUGAAAAAUAAAAUUUAAAAAACA